CGAGGCGGCAGCAGAGGCUGAGGAGCGGGGCCGGGGCCAGCGGACUGGCGGCGGUCUGAGCGAGCGGCGGCGACCCGAGGGACUCUAGAGGAAGACUUCCUUUUGGUGAUUAAUCAGUGCAAGUGAAAUUAAGGAACAAUGGAUGUAGAAAAUGAACAGGUACUGAAUGUAACCCCUACAGAUCCUGAUAAUUUAAGUGACUCUCUUUUUUCUGGUGAUGAAGAAAACGUGGGGACUGAGGAAAUAAAGAACGAAAUAAAUGGAAAUUGGAUUUCAGCAUCCUCCAUUAACGAAGCUAGAAUUAAUGCCAAGGCAAAACGUAGACUGAGGAAAAACUCAUCCCGGGACUCUGGCAGAGGUGACUCCGUCAGUGACAAUGGAAGCGAAGCCCUGAGAAGUGGGGUAGCUGUGCCAACCAGUCCAAAGGGGAAGUUGCUUGAUAGGCGGUCCAGAUCGGGGAAAGGACGGGGCCUGCCGAAGAAAGGUGGUGCAGGAGGUAAAGGUGUGUGGGGUACACCUGGACAAGUGUAUGACGUGGAGGAAGUGGACGUGAAAGAUCCUAACUAUGAUGAUGACCAGGAGAACUGUGUUUAUGAAACUGUAGUUCUGCCUUUGGAUGAAAGGGCAUUUGAGAAGACUUUGACACCAAUCAUACAGGAAUAUUUUGAGCAUGGCGAUACUAAUGAAGUUGCGGAAAUGCUCCGAGAUUUAAAUCUUGGUGAAAUGAAAAGUGGAGUACCAGUGUUGGCGGUAUCCUUGGCAUUGGAAGGGAAGGCUAGUCAUAGAGAAAUGACGUCGAAGUUGCUUUCUGACCUUUGUGGGACAGUAAUGAGCACAAAUGAUGUAGAAAAGUCAUUUGAUAAAUUGUUAAAAGAUCUACCAGAACUAGCCUUGGACACCCCUAGAGCACCACAGUUGGUUGGCCAGUUUAUUGCUAGAGCUGUUGGAGAUGGAAUUUUAUGUAAUACCUAUAUUGAUAGUUACAAAGGAACUGUAGAUUGUGUACAGGCUAGAGUUGCUCUGGACAAAGCGACUGUGCUCCUGAGUAUGUCUAAAGGUGGAAAGCGUAAAGACAGUGUCUGGGGCUCUGGAGGUGGGCAGCAGCCUGUCAAUCACCUUGUUAAAGAGAUUGAUAUGCUGCUGAAAGAAUAUAUACUAUCUGGAGAUAUAGCCGAAGCUGAACAUUGCCUUAAGGAAUUGGAAGUUCCUCAUUUUCAUCAUGAGCUUGUAUAUGAAGCUAUUGUAAUGGCUUUAGAGUCAACUGGAGAAAGUACCUUUAGAAUGAUCUUGGAUUUAUUGAAAUCCCUUUGGAAAUCCUCUACCAUUACUGUAGACCAAAUGAAAAGGGGUUAUGAGAGAAUUUACAGUGAAAUUCCAGAUAUUAAUCUGGAUGUCCCACAUUCCUAUUCUGUGCUUGAGCGAUUUGUAGAAGAAUGUUUCCAAGCUGGAAUAAUUUCCAAACAACUCAGAGAUCUUUGUCCUUCAAGGGGCAGAAAGCGUUUUGUAAGUGAAGGAGAUGGAGGUCGUCUAAAACCAGAGAGCUACUGAAUAUUCUUAACAGUCCAAGAUGUUAUAAAAAUAUAUACCUGAAUUAUAAGAGCUGUUAGCAGUUUUUUUUUAAGCAUUUGUUUUGGGUACAAGGCAUAUCUGAAAUUUUAUAAACCUACAUUUAAGGGUAAUUUUUAAAGAAUUUUUUUAAGGGUAUAAAAGAUGAACAGAAAAGUAACCACUUAAGUGGAAUAUUCUAAUAAGCUACUUUUUUAAAGUGCCAUGUUUAGGACCUAAUCAUUCCAAGUUUUGCAUUGAUGUCUGACUGCCACUCCUUUCUUUCAAGGACAGUGUUUUUGUAGUGAAAUCACUGGUUUAUACAAAGCUUUAUUUAGGGGGUAAAGUUAAGCUGCUAAAAUACCCCAUGUUGGCUGCUGUUGUUGAAAAUACUGUGCUUUGGGAGUUUAAAAAACACACACAAAAAAGGUUAUUUCUUUGUCUUAAAAGAUUUUAAGGAAAUGAGUUAGUCAUCUUUCCAGGGGACAUGUUGAUUGGUCUUAAAGACUGGACAGUUCAGUAAACGGUGGCUGGAACAUCUAUUUUUGUACAAAACUGGAAAAGUGAACCUGGUUUUAGAAGAAUGUAUGACAAAAUAAAACAUGUGAAGCAGUGUU